AUGUCGGACAGGCCAGCCAGCCUCGACACUCUCCCGCAACACCUUAUCGAGGCGAUCGCUGCCUACACAGGCGAUGCGAAAAGCGUAUGGCGGUUGUUGAAGGUGUGCACGGCGGUCCGGCUCGGAGCGGAACCAGCUCUCAAGCCGUAUUUUGAGGAGAGGAAGAUUAUUGGUAGCCCACCCUUGACGACCGACAUCUUCGAACUCAUUCCCAAAAAGUUCGCAGAGAGGGACUCGAAGCGCGACCUCGGUAUCUCGAAGCGGUCCCAGCGGUUCGACGACCUCCUCGCCGCUCAUCCAUCGGCCGGUACAUCACUCAGACGCCUCACUGUCGAGGUCGACGAUUAUAAGCGGGCGGUCUGCUUUGCCCAUAUCCAGCGGUUCGCUCCUCAGCUCACGGCUCUCUCGGUGAUCAUGCGGGACUCCUUCUGGGAAGACUCCAUCGCUAACGAAGGGUACGACGACGCGGUCCGCUCGGUCGUCCUCGAGAACUCGGUCGAUACGCCCCACGUCUGGGACGACGUUCUGGCUGGUAUCCAGUUUCCCCACCUCACGCACCUCGAGCUCAUCUCCACCUCUCGUGGUGGGGAACACGCCGCUCACAUCCUUUCGCACGUUCCCCACCUCAAAAGCCUCGUCAUCUCGUCUCACUUUUGGGGAGAGCACGCGACUGCCCAGGAGGAGAUCUUCGCCGAGCCGUUAGCGGAAGCUGCGCCCUUUCCCAACCUCGAACACCUUGUCCUCGCCGGUCACGGUGCUCCGGUCGAAGCUCUCGCAGAGGGCAUCAUCCCCCACUCGCCAAAACUCACCACCAUUACCCUGCAGAUAUCAGAUGCUACCCCCAACGAGUACUCGGACUGGCGGUUCCAUUCGUGCGCCCCCCUCUUACGCUCGAUCGCUCAGUGCAAGCAGCUCAAAGCUCUAGCUCUGUACGGCGAGGCCGCGUACCAUUUCGGCGCUUCUCUACUGUCGCUCCAGAAGCGGGGAGUUCCGGGCGCUAGUUUGGAGAAUCUGAAGCGGCUGUUCUUGGACGAGAUCCAGAUGGAUGCGGAUAGAGGCAGCAUCCAUCACCUGCUGGACAUCAUCCACAUGCCCGAGUUACCAGCUAUCGAGCAGAUCUUCUGGUCGCACCGCCAGAGAUCCGCCAAUACCAAAGGCAUGCGCACCAAUCACUCCGUCGGCGUUGCCCAACUCCGGAACGUCUUCAAUCAGUACCCUACCCUCCAGAAAGUCCAUUGGCUUGACGCAUAUGCGAGCGAUAUCUCGGCGGACCCACUCGAACCCGUCUGGUCGGCUGCACACAUCUUCUGCCACGCCGCUCGUCCUAUCGACGAUCAGCCCAUUCGGCCUAUCUAUCCGAUCCGAGUCGAGGCGCCUCCCACAGUCGAGCAAGCGGCGGUAGCGGCCAGGGCGGCGGCAAAGGUACCUACCAGGAAGUCGGAGAGGCAGAGGGUCAGCAAAGGCCGGAAGUAG